AUGAGAAAUGAUAUGGUUGAUGAGACUAAGCUAUAAGUUACAAUUGAAAUGUAUAAAAAAGAAAUUGAAGCCAAAAUAGCAAUCGAUCUUAAUAUUUUUAAAGGAAAACUUAAAGAAAAGCUUUAAAAAAGAUGCAAGGUUAUAGAUAUUGAAGAAAGAAUGCAAGGGAAGGUCUAGUAUACAGAGUUUACAAAGAAUUCAGAAAAACUGAAUGAUUCCUUUAAACUUCUUGAAGGAAGGCUUACACAUAUGUUAAAUGUCUAAAGAGUAGACAUGCUAAAGGGCAUGGAGAGAAAAGCAGAAAGCAGAGAAGUAGAGUUACUGAAAAAGAAUAAGGUUGACAAGGAAUCGUUUCAAGAACUCAUACAUAGAAUGGAUGAACUCGAGGAAUAUGCAAAGAAUGCAAUGGACAACUCAGAAAGUGAUGAUUAAAGUGAGGAUGAUGAUACCAUAGUAUAACUAGAUACAGAGGAAAAUAAAAAUGGCUAGAAUGAAACAACUUCAAGCCAAAAGUUAAUUGUUAAUAAAUCUAUAUCAGAUAGUAAGAAGUAAGCUCCAAAAAAUCAGACAACCCAAGCUUUGUUUAAACCAAGAAAGCUAACAGGCACUACAGGAGAAAUGAUAAAAAUAAUUGAUGAUAGAAGUGAUCAUACUUUUGGAAUGACUAUGUAAGAAGAAUUUAAAAAACAAAUUAAUGUUAACAUUCCAACUGCAGCCCUCGAUGAUGCUUAUGAUUAGGUUAGGUUCAAAGAAUCAUAAAGUGAAAUCUCUUAAUUUCACAACGCUUAAAACUAAUAACUUUAAGUUCUAAACGACACAAGAAAUGACUCACAUUCUUAAUCUGUUCUAACAAGAAAAUCUAAAAAAUCUAGUGUGGUAGUAAAAAGCUCUUCAUCUCAAAGUAAAAACCCUUUUAAAAAGAAGUCUUCCCAAAAAGUAGAGAAAAUUCAAACUUUCGUGACAUAAAUGUUUGAUGAUAUUCAGAAAAGAAUGAAUGAGAAUAGAAUUCAAACACUUAAAAACUCAGACAAUAUUUUACAGUUAUAAGCCUUAACUGAGCAACACUAAAGAGAGAUUGAAGGACAAUCAGCAGAUUUCAAUAAAGCAGUAGAGUAAAUAAACUAAAUUUCAAAAGAUAUCUAAAGAUUGGAAAGGAUAGAUGUAAAACUAAAUAAAGAAUUAGUUUAAAAGCCAUUUUAGUAUAUUGAUAAAGUAAAAGCAGAUUUUGAAAAAGAUUGGGCUGAGACUAAAAAGAAAUUUUCUGAUAAUAAUGAGAAAUAUAUGGGAAAGUUUGUUAACCUUGAAAAUAAUGUAUCAAAGUUACUCGUUGAUACUUAAACUCUUCUUGAUUAGUAUAAAAAGAAAAUAGGGUAAAUAAGUUCUGAUUUAUAAGGAAUUAAAACUAUUAGAGAUUAGGUCGAAAGCAAGGUAACUCACAAUAAUCAGGUGACUCAAAAUUUGGCUGAAACUACCAAGAAAGAUAUUGCAAAUGUAUAAAAGGAGCUUCUUGAAAUGAAAGAAAGAUUAAGGAAUGAAAUAGGAAAUUUAAAAGAAGAAAAUCAUGGGUUUAUAAGAGAACUCUAGAGAAAUCAGCAAGUUACUCGAGAGCUUCAGCAGGAAUUUAUGAAAGUUCUCAAUGAAAAGAAAAAGGUGAAUGAUGAUUUUAUCACAAAUUUGACUUAAACUUAGUAGUAGCAAACUUUAUAAUAAAAGAUCAAUAUGAAGAUUUAGAGUAUGGUAAACAAUGAUGGGAAAAAUACAUUAAUUCCAAAUGAUCAGAGUUUGCAGCUUUUGUUACCUUAGUUAAAAGCCCAAUCAUCAGUGUCAAAUUAAGAAACAUUAUCAAGAUAGAUCAAGCUAAACAAGCUAUUUAGUGAAAAAAAGAGUGUUGAUUAUAGUCACAAUUCUUUGCUGAAUUCCGUUAAGAAAAAUGUACUCAAUAAUCUCAGUCAUAACAUUGAAAAUGCAGAGGAGUAAAUUAAGUUUCAAACAUAAACUCAAGCAAAGUAAAAAAUUAAAUCUAAAACACCUCUGAGAGAAAGAGGAAAAACUCAAAGAAAUUAAACUAAUAAUAGUUUUCUAAAUCCUGAUAAAACUGUAUAAGAUUUAAAUAUAGAUGGUCAAAGUUCCAAAUACCUAACUAAUGAUCAAAGAUAGUUUAAUGGUAAUAUGUCAAUAGAUAGUUUUGGAUAAACUUCAAAUGAAUUCCAUAAACUACAUAAGAUGAUUGGGGAUAGAAUUUGA